AGCCACUUCAAAACAGACAAUUAUAAGAAUUUUUCCUCGAUAUUUGUUUAUUCCUUACCGCAACGCCACAUAUUUCACCACAAUUCCAUACUUAGAGCCACUUAACAGACUUUCACAUGUGUAACGAUCACUGAGCACUUUGCUAGUUAUUUUUAUAUACAAAACUCGUGUCUGCUGACUGGAUUUAUGGUUUAACUCCUUGAUGACUGUAUGAUUAACCCCUUACCCGUCUCCUUCAGUCCUGAGGCCGAAAUACUCCUUCUCCUUGAUCUUGCAGUGUGAGGCGGCCAUGUCUAGGAGCUCAGACGCCAGCAGAGUUGGCUUUACUGGGACGGUGAACGUCGUCUCGUCCAGUAGAACUACCACCACGUCCCUCGACGUCUCAGGCAUCUUUGUGUCUCUCUUCCUGGACCACAAACACAGCAGCUAGAUCGAGUCCUCGAUGUCUCGUUCAGCCAGAUUAGCGGCCGUUACAGCAGCCGUUUAUGGAGAACGGGACACGGUGAUUGGAUAUUUUACGCUGCAGGAUACGUAGCUUCUUGUCCUCGUCUUGGCAGAGAGCCAGGUAAGCCACAAGACGUAGAGCGAUCACGACUACAGGCCCGCUGCUGCGAGAGGACGACGGUUUGUGUCUGGCUUCGUGUCUUUUGGGGCGGAGCACAACAUGUGACGUCACACUCUGCGCGCGCCGCUAAGAACAAGCCGGCAGAGGAGUUUCUGCAAAAAGCGUUGCGUGUGUGCGAACACAAGAAACUGCACACGGUAGUCUAGAUAGUUUGUGCGGAGAUCUACCAUUGAAAGGAAUAUGAGGACUGGUAGAACUAUCGUUCAUCUGCUGCUGCUAGCCGCUGCUGGGCUGGUGGCGGCGGAAAGUCUCAAGAUCUCGGCCUUCAACAUCCAAGUGUUCGGUCGCAGCAAACUGAGCAAGACGGAGGUCGUGGAACUGCUCAAACAGAUAGUGCGUCGCUACGACAUCGUUCUCAUUCAGGAGAUCAGGGACUCCACCGAAACUACAAUUCCUGAUUUCCUCAAUAUUAUCAACAACGGCAGUAGUGUGAGGUAUGAAGCAGUUGUCAGUGAGAGACUUGGCAGAACCAGCAGCAAGGAACAGUACGCCUUUCUUUACAGGCUAGGAGCGGUGGAGGUAUUGAAGACCUACCAACACGAGGACACUGAGGACCAGUUUGAGAGAGAGCCAUUCUCAGUUCUCUUCACUGACCCUCGCAGAGGAGAAGAAUUCUUCUUGCUGGGAAUUCACGUGAAGCCAUCGGAUGUUGUGAAUGAAUUAGAGGCACUUGGCCCCGCCUUCCAGUUGGCAUCCGGUGUUCAUGGCAACAGCAGGGGGGUGAUAAUGGGAGACCUAAAUGCAGGCUGCAGUUAUCUGAGUCGGAGUAAAUACGAGGAGUUAUCACUAGUGAAAGAUUCGUCCUUCAUCUGGUUGCUAGGAUAUGAUGCUGACACUACAGUGGCCAGUAGCACAUGCUCCUAUGACAGGUUUAUAGUCCAUGAAUCACUCAAUAGCUCGGUUGUGGAAGGCAGUGCGGGAGUUUUCAACUUUACUGACGCCUAUUCCCUUACUGCUGGCCAGGCUAAGAAUGUCAGUGACCAUUUCCCGAUCGAGUUUCAACUAGAGUUGGACUCUCAAGGAGGUUCUCAUUUCAACGAGCACUCCACUCCCUCCACAGCCUCCAGCUCUCCCUCCCUCCUCCAUCACCCCCCUCUACUGCUGACCGCUGGACUCAUCGCCAUCACUGUCAUCAGAUACUGCUUAUUUCAUUGACAAAGAGCUGUGUCUAUAAAUAUCUUUUUGUGUAUUCAAGUUUCGUGAUAUUUUUACUACUGUUCAGAGUCACUCCCACUGCAGAAUUCUUCCUCGUCACCUCCUAUUGCAUUCCAGAAUGACAUCACC